AUUCAGAGUGUUUGCACACUGCUCCUGCUCCAAGAUGAUCGUCGGGUGCUGUGCUCUCAUCCUUCUUUGUUGCAUAAUGAACUAUGCCGAGUCCUCGACUCCAACAUUGGGCAUCAACAAAUCCAAAUACAGCAACUCCUUCCGCCUCGCAAGGUCCACCCGAACCCGUGUCCAGCAGCUCCUGAGUAAAUAUAAGGAGCAGCAGUUGGGAAAUAAGGACUUUGAGGACAAAAGUAGUUAUUUGAAGGACCUGCCAAUGCUUUCUACAGACUUCAACAUCUGGCUCCAGCUCUCGGAUUGGGAACGACUCCACGCCGCUUUCUCAGACAUGCGGGUUUACAAGAGCAAGCUGGAGUUGAAGAGGGAAGAGCUGGAAAUGGAAGAAAAAGAGAAGACAGUCGGCAACAUUUUAACUCAGAGUAUCAAACACAUUGAACUGGACCUGAGGGACCUGAUGAACCAAGUCAGCAGUCAGAUGACAUGCAUAAAGUCAUCUGACAGGAAAGCAAACUUUCCAACCAUCCGGACGCCCUUGAACCAAUCAACAACCUCGAAAACACUGUGGGAAAAGCGUCUGGAGGGUUACAUCCUUUUACGGGAUCUUGACCUUUACCUCACCAGGUUGGCACGAGACUUCAUCCUCCUGGGUUCCAAAACGAAGUAAUACUGGAGCAAGGGAAGACUGUUGUGGGAUUGUCUGGGUUUGGCCUUUGGUCACUGGAGUGGAACUCUUAUUAGACCAAUGUGCAUCGAAGGGCUACUCUGGGUAUUUCCCUGAGUUUCUGUCUUGCCUCUGACUGUAAAUUUGCAACAUGGUCACCAAAACUCACACAACACAUGACAACAUCCUGUUUUUGUCACCCCGGGCCCUUCAUGGACUGGACUUCCCAAAGACACGAGAUAUCUGCUAUUUAUU